UUGAGUUCACCAAAUCAUUUGAGUUGUGGGAAGGAAGUCCUGGCCUGACUGCACUAAGGCAUACUGUGGCAGACAUGGGUGACCCGUCCUGAGAGCCAGGGCCCAGGCUCAGCCCUGCUUGGAAAGUCUGCAGGCCAACCCUGGUGGGAGGGAGGUGGCUGGAUUCCCCUGUGUGCUUCAUGUGCCUGUUCCUGUUAUAGUCUGUCCUGCACCCUCCUCUCUCCUGUCUGACCUGAAGCUGCAGGAACAAGGGUCGUUAAUAGUGGGGUAUUUAGAGGGAGGACAGGGAGGAGAAACAAAGAAGACAAAAGCGGCAGCUGGGUCCAGCAGGUCUUGCAUGAGCCGAUUCUUAGGCCAAGCAGGUUUAUUAGGAAGUACAGCAUCAUAUAUACUAUUUGAGGUGUGGUGUGGACAGCCAACCUCAGCACAGAGCUAAGUCAGACAUGUGCAAAGAGAGAACAGGAUCCCUCGGACACAGCUGCCUUAGGACUGAUAACCACAGCCCAGGAGGAAGAGUCAGGUCCCCAGAAGCUACAACUUCAUUUCCUCCGAGGCACUGACUCCAGUGUCAGGCUGGCUUGGCCAAGUUCACUCUUAGACACGUCACAGAACUAAUGUUCCCUUUGUCCUUUCACCAGGGCCUAUGGGAAAGUCUUGGGUCACUCUAACCCCUCCCCACACUCUUGCCCAUUUGUCUCUUUGGUUUUCUCUUGGUAAUUUGUCCUUUCAGCUUAGUUGGCUCUGGAUUGUUCCUCCAUGUGGUGCCCAGGGACAAGAGACUUCCAAAUUCCUUCACAGGAUCUAGCUUGAACUCAGACUGAGCUCUUGAGUCCCCCUCAGUGCUGCAUCUCCUCACCUCACCUUCCGUCACAGUAAUGUCUGAAGGACUGAUCUCCUUAUAAUAGGACACUAGAAAAGUAAGAAGCUAAGGAACGCAGAAUAGUGAGUGUCCUGCACACUCCACCCCUGCAUCCUCCAUCCCUGUCUUCCUAUCCUCUCAUGUUCCUGUCGCUGAAAUCCCAACACCCCUUUCCUGCAUCCCCCAACCCUUCUCCCUUGACUAGCAUCCUCUUAGCAUGCCAGCUAUAAACUCGAUAUACUGUAUCCCUCUAUCUUCUUGCUUUCCCAUCCCUACAUUUCCCACCCUCCAUUCUCCAGAUGCCCACCUUCCCACUCCUCCCUCUCUAUCACUUUCCAUGGCUAGGACUGAGCCAAGUCUUUGCUGCUGUGGUUCUCCAAAGUUAGAGGCCUGGAUCUCCUGUCUGCUGGUGGUGGAAGAAACUGUGCCCUCCUCCAGGAAUAGCGCUGCUUCUGCACCAACAAACCCAAGCUGUUAGAGAGGUCAAAGACUUAAUUAAGGAGCAGACAAAGAAUCAGUGACAGUCAUCUUCCUAAGGACGGCUUUUGUUCCCUCCCACUCUGGCUCCUCCCCUUGGUCUCUCCAUUCCUCCUUAUCCUCACACUUCCACUUUCCCUGUCCUUUAAAAGAUUUACACAAGUUCCUCCUGGAUCAAAUCACUGCCAUCACUAGGUCCACACUAGGACAAUGGCUCUCCUAGUUAAGAGCUUACUGGGUCCCCUGUCCUUAGUGUCAUCUUACACUGUAGCUCUGACUAUUAACUGUUUUCUAAGGUUUCUCCAGAAGUAAAUGGUGGUAAUCACAUGAUCCAUUGCAGCAGAACAAGUUAAAACUCUUUUCCUGGUUCAUGAAGUCACCCUAGCCUACACCCCCUUAAGCCCUAGGUAAGAGACUAGCCCUACCUCCAUCACCACCACCCCCACAACACACACACACACACACACACACUGGCAGGAAGCAGCCAAUGAGAGAAUACAUCCCCAUUCCUUUUAUUUGUCCUCAGUGUCAGAUAAAUGACCAUAAUGACCUAAAAGAAGAAACCUUAGACAAGCUGAGAGACCCCGACUCAGCAUAACAGCACAACUGCCUGACAGGAACUUCCACUGGCAUUAUUCAUGACACCAUAGAGAACACACCACUGCUAAACUCCCUCCCAGAGUUCCCUCAUCUGCCCUUUAAAGCCCAAGCCCUGCACCUGGACACACAGUCUCCAUCCCCAGGAGAGCCUGGGGUCCUUCAGGUGUCCUGACCAGAGGACAAUCGGUCCCUGUAGAGGCUGCUCUGCUCUUCCUUUUAGUUCUAGGUCUCCUGCAUCAGUUCCAAUCAAACACCCAUUUCCAGAGCAGAAAUGUCCAGCAAAGACAAGGAUCCACUGGCCUGCUCGGAGCAACAAGAGAAGGGAGACGUGAAACAGGACCAGUUGGAGCUGCACAGCCAAGCAUCAUCUGGGGACUCUAUCACCAUGGAAGCAGCUCAGCCCAAGAAGGCGAGCGAUACAGAGGAGGCUCAGCAUAAGGGCCAACAGGACUUGGACCUCAUCCGCAAAAGGAGGAAACGGAAGGUCCAGGAGCUGCAGCAGAUCAAAGCCCAGGCAGAGAACUUGAUAAUAGGUUCAGCAUUCAUACCCUAUGUGGAUUCCAGAACCAACCAAGGCUCCUCAGGGCAGCUCAGCUUGCAGCAUGGAGAUCAGAGACCAAAUCAAAUGUCAGCUAUUCAGAUUGGUAACUUGGAAAGUGACAAGUCUGGAUUCACAAGCAAAGGUUCAACAAUCACACCCUAUGUGGAUCCCACUACCAACCUAGGCUUUUCAGGAAUGCUCAGAUCAUGGCAUGGUCAUUGGAGAACAAAAAACACAAUAUAUACUGAGAUUGGUAACUGGGAACCUGACAAGUCUGGAUUCACAACCAAAGACACAACAAUCACACCCCAUGUGGAUCCCACUACCUGCCAAGGCUCCUCACAACAACUGAGCACACGCCUUGUGAAUUUCAGACCAAUGCUGAUGUCAGGAAUCACUUCAGAAGAACAUCAAAAUGAAAGAAGAGAGAAUCUUGACCAAACCGAAUCCUUGGAAACAGAGGAUUUGCUCCAAAAUUUCACACAGCUACUACUUCUACAAAAAUCUUGCCCAAGAGGCUGGGAGAGUCUGGUUAGGGAAAGCUGGCAUGAAUGUGUAGCAGAAGAGAGAGGACAUCUGAUUGAGAUCCAAGACUUAUUUCGCUCAAGCCCAGAUACCCAGAAGAGGCCUAAAUUAGUCGUGGUAGAAGGGGUUGCUGGGAUUGGGAAGUCAAUGCUGGCCAGGAAGAUGAAGAGAGCAUGGGAGGAAGGCCAGCUCUACAGGGAUCACUUCCAGCAUGUCUUCUACUUCAGCUGCAGAGAGCUGGCCCAGUGCGAGAAGCUGAGUCUGGCUGAGCUCAUAGCAAAAGACCAGACUGCACCCAGAGCUCCCAUUAGGAAGAUCCUGUCUCACCCUGAGAAGCUGCUCUUCAUCCUGGAUGGCAUAGAUGAGCCAGCAUGGGUCUUGGAGGAGCAGAAUCCUGAGCUCUGUCUGCACUGGAGCCAGCCACAGCCUGUGCACACACUGCUGGGCAGUUUGUUCGGGAAAUCCUUACUUCCUGGGGCUUCCUUGCUGCUCACAGCUCGAACCAUAGAUCUCCAGAAGUUCAUUCCUUCCUUGGAGCAGCCACAUUGGGUGGAAGUCCUGGGCUUCUCUGAGUCUGGACGGAAGGAAUAUAUCUACAAAUAUUUCACAAAGCAAAGAGAAGCAAUUACAGCUUAUAGCUUGGUUGACUCAAACCCAGUGCUCUCAACACUGUGUCUGGUGCCCUGGGUAUCCUGGCUGGUCUGCACUUGCCUGAAGCAGCAGAUGGAGCAGGGGAGAGACCUCUCACUGACCUCACAGACAACCACAGCUCUCUGCCUGAAAUACCUUUUCCAGACUCUCCCAGACAGUGCCCUGGGAACCCAGCUCAGAAGACUCUGCUCACUGGCUGCUGAGGGCAUCUGCAAAAGAAGGACUCUGUUCCGUGAGAUAGAUCUCCAGGAGCAAGGGUUAUCUGAGGAUGUCAUUGACACUUUCCUGGAGAUUGGUGUCCUUCAAAAGCAGCCCAGCUCUCCGAGAUACAGCUUUGCCCACUUGUGUCUCCAAGAGUUCUUUGCAGCAAUGUCCUGCAUCUUGGGAAAUAAUGAGGAGCAAUGUGGUGAUAUGGAAAACUACAGAAUUGUGGAAACACUGGUAGAAGUGUAUGGAAGACAAAACCUGUUUGAGGUGCCCACCAUACACUUCCUAUUUGGCCUUUUAAGUGAACAAGGGGUAAAUGCAAUGGGGAAGAUCUUAACUACCCGUUUGCCUCUGUACACCUUGUGGGAAAUGCUGGAUAAAGCCAGAGCAUUGCCCCAGUACCAACAUCUCUAUUCUCUGGGGUUGUUUCAUUGUUUUUAUGAGACUCAGAAUGAAGAGUUCCUGACACAGGUGAUGCACAAUAUUCAAGAAAAAAAGGCGUGUGAUCCGACAGAUAUGACACACCCAGUGUUCCAGACAAAUGUGAAGCACCUGGUGGUCCAGACAGAUGUGGAGCUCAUGGUGGUCACUUUCUGCAUUAAGUACAGCCACCAUGUGAAGAGGCUUCAGCUGAAUUGGGAUGGACAUCGGGGACCAACCCUGACAGCCCCCAGGAUGGUUCUGUCCAGGUGGAACCCUAUCACAGAUACUAGUUGGCAGAUUCUCUUCUUCACUCUUGAGUUCACAGAAAACCUGGAGGAACUGGACCUAAGUGGAAAUCCACUGAACAACUAUGCACUGUGGAGUCUUUGUAGGACCUUGAGAUGCCCUGGAUGUCACCUUAGGACAUUGUGGCUUGUCAACUGUGGCCUCACAUUCAGACACUGUGCAGACCUGGCCUCAGUGCUCAGGGCCAGCUCCAGCCUGACUGAGCUAGACCUGCAGCUGAAUGACCUGGGUGACCAUGGUGUGAGGCUACUGUGUGAAGAGCUCAAGAAUCCUGCCUGCAACCUCAGAAUCCUGUGGCUGGACCAGGCACCUCUCAGUGACCAGGUGAUGAUGGAGCUCAGUGCCCUGGAGGCAAAGACUCCACAGCUGCUCAUCUCCAGCACAUGGAAGCCACGUGUGAUGGACCCUACUAAGAACCCAGAUGGAGAAGAGAUAGGUGAUAGCCCGAUCUCAUACAAGCAACAGAGACUACAGUCAGAGGAGGGGUGCUCACAAUUUGCACCACUGGAGCCCUUCCAUCCGUCUUCUCCUGACUCUCCAAGAGACAAGUCCCUAGAAUCAAUGGGGACUGAAGAUGACUUCUGGGGCCCUACAGGACCUGUGGCUACUGAGGUGGUUGACAAUGAGAGGAACCUGUACCGAGUUCAGUUCCCUGUGCCUGGUUCCUACCACUGUCCCAACACAGGACUCCGCUUUGUGGUGACAAGGGCCGUGACCAUCGAGAUUGGAUUCUGUGCCUGGAGCCAACACCUGGACGAGACUCCCUUUCAGCACAGUCACAUGGUGGCUGGGCCUCUGUUUGACAUCAAGGCUGAGCAGGGAGCUGUGGCUGCUGUGCACCUCCCUCAUUUUGUGGCUCUCCAAGAGGGACAGGUGGACAUCUCCUGGUUCCAUGUGGCCCACUUUCAAGAACAUGGGAUGGUCCUAGAAACGCCAGCCAGAGUGGAGCAGCACCACACAAUCUUGGAAAACCCAAGCUUCUCCCCAAUGGGAGUUCUACUGAGAAUGAUUCCUGCUGUCAGACACUUCAUCCCAGUCACUUCCAUCACAUUGAUCUACUAUUACGUCAGUCUCAAGGAAGUCACCUUUCACCUCUACCUAAUUCCCAAUGACUGCACCAUUCGGAAGGCAAUUGAUGAAGAAGAAAUGAAAUUUCAGUUUGUUCGAAUAAACAAGCCACCCCCACUAGACUCUCUUUAUAUUGGCUCCCGCUAUACAGUGUCUGCUUCUAAGAAGCUGGAAAUCAUCCCAAUGGAACUAGAGCUCUGCUACCGGAGCCCUGGAGAAUCCCAGCUCUUCUCUGAGAUCUACGUUGGCCACAUGAAUUCAGGGAUUAAGCUGCAAAUCAAAGACAAGAAACAUAUGAGUCUCAUAUGGGAGGCCUUGCUGAAACCAGGGGACCUCAGACCUGUACUGCCCAUGAUUCCUGCAGCCCACAAAGAAUCUCCUGCCUCACUACACUUCCUGGACCAGCAUCGGGAGCAGCUGGUGGCCCGAGUGACAUCAGUGGACCCUCUCUUGGACAAGCUGCAUGGUGUGGCACUGAGUGAAGAGGAAUAUGAGGUAGUGCGGGCUGAGGCCACCAACCAAGACAAGAUGAGGAAGCUCUUCAGUCUCAGCAGGUCCUGGACCAGGGCCUGCAAAGACCAAGUCUACCAAGCUCUGAAGGAGACCCAUCCUUACCUGAUCAUGGACCUCCUUGAGAAGUCGGGCAGGAUCUCUGUGGGAUCCUGACAUCUUAGCGGCUGAGAGAGCACUCAACUCCAAAUGCACCAAAGACAUUAACACAGGACCUGAACCCCUGGAUCUGUUGGAAGGAAAGUGGGGAAAACACUUCCUUAUGAAGACAGAGGGAAGGCAUCUCUGAAGAGGACUCUGGUCAACAGGACAAACUGACAAAUGGGACAACAUGAAAUUAAAAGGUCAUAUUUUGGGACUCACCCAUGUUGGUGUCUGAGGACCACACAGCCAAUGGAGCUAUGCUAAUCUGGAUGGCCUGUGCUGCCACCUGGGUGGUCUUGGUGACAUCCAAGCCCAGGCUGUGAUGUAGGACUAUGUCUGGGUCCAUGGCCCUACCACAGCCAGGGUCUGGGUUGAUAUCCAUGGUUCCUGAUACCACCGAUAACAUCCAGGCCUGAGCUGCAGCUGGGAGCCUUGUCUGGGUCUGAGGUCCCACCACAGUCGGGAUCUCUAAUGUCUGGCCCGUGGUGCCACCAAAGACCACAUGGAUGCCCAGAGUCUAGGCUGCAUCCUCUGGCCAUGUUGGUGUUCAAGGACUGUGCCGCCACCAGGACCACACCAAUCUGGGUGGAUUGUACAGCCACAUGGGGCCAUGGUGUUGUUCUGGCCUGGGCUACUGCCAUAGGCCAUGUCUGGGUCCAUGGCCCAACAGCAGUCAGGGUCUGGGCUGAUGUCCAUGUUACUGUAGGAGGUCAUAGGAACUAUGGGUAUUGAAAUCCAAGGGCCGUGCUGAGCCAGCCCUACCCCUCACUGGUCCCAUAGCUUUUCCUGCCCUUUGCAGGACACUGCAGCAGCAGAGCUGGUCCUACCCCACCAUGGGAGAGCUGACCCCCACAGUCAGGAGAGAUGGCCCCAAUCCUCACCACAGGCAUGGGAGAGCUGGUCUUGAUGGCAUGGGCCUAGGAGAGUUGGCUCUGCCCCUCACCUGAGGGAGUGGUCCCAGUGGCCCAAACUGAACAGCUCAGCUACCAUCCAGACCCACACCCUGGGCCUUGGGUGGCCCACCCUAACAUCUGCCCCAUCUGUGACCUGCUGGAGUGCGUGAAGGGACUGGUCCUGUGGAACAUAGGCUCUCCAUGACUCGGGGCAACAUCAGGAUGUCCAAGAGGUGUUUCAAUGAGGUCCCAGUCAUGAUGGUGUGCCAGAGACCUUGAACCAGACAGAUGAUUCAUUACAAUGAACAUUUUGCAGGUGUGGGACAAAAGGAUAUACUGAGGGACACACUGCAACUUCCAAUGUCACUAGGAUGAAUGAAGAGGUGUUGGAAAGAUGGAGGAGGGAGGUGGGUUUUUUGUUUUGUUGUUUUGUUUAGUUUUGUUUUGUUUUUAAUUAAUUUGGGGAGGUAUGCCACCCAAGUGUUGGGUAGACAUGGAGAGACUGGGAGGAGAGCAGGA